AUGCCGUUCCCCCGCACCCGGGACCCGCGGCACAGCGGCGAUGUCUCUGCCGGGGAGCAGACGCUCAUCCACCGGAUCACGAAGCCGGGACCAACCCCUCUGUCCGUCCGGGCAAAGGCAGGCGGUGAUGGAGAGCCCCUGCAGCAGUGCCAGGGCACCGGCGUCGGGGCAGUGAAGCUGGGAGGUGUUUUAGCCCUUGAAAAGCCUCUCCUUGAGCUGCAGCGCUCGGCCAAGUACAACCUCUGCAGUGACAACCAUGGGAUAAAGCCACCGACGCCGGAGCAGUAUCUGACACCCCUGCAGCAGAAGGAGGUCUGCAUCAGGCACCUGAAAGCUCGCCUGAAGGACACGCAGGAGCGGCUGCAGGACAGGGAUGCUGAGAUCGAGGACCUGAAGACGCAGCUGUCACGGAUGCAGGAGGAUUGGAUCGAGGAGGAGUGCCACCGCGUGGAAGCCCAGCUGGCGCUGAAGGAGGCCCGGAAGGAGAUCAAGCAGCUGAAGCAGGUCAUCGACACAGUGAAGAACAACCUGCUGGAGAAGGACAAGGGGCUUCAGAAGUAUUUCGUGGACAUCAACAUCCAGAACAAGAAGCUGGAGACGCUGCUGCACAGCAUGGAGGUGGCGCAGAACGGGGCGCUGAAGGAGGAGGGGGCUGGCGAAUCAGCCGGGGGGUCCCCAGCCCGAUCCCUCACCCGCAGCUCCACCUACACCAAGCUGAGCGACCAGGGGGCCGGGGACCGCAACGUGGGGGGCUCGCAGACCAUCUCGCUGGACGAGGGGGCCGACAGCGGCUUCGCGGGGGCGGAGGAGGCUCCCGGCCACACGGACCCGCUGGAGGUGCAGGUUGCACCAUGA